ACUUUAUAAACACCUUUAUACACACUUAUGAAAUACUAAACCUUGUGCCAAACCCACGCAUUCGAUAAAUGAGCAAUGGUUCUACCGGGCUCAAUGUAAUCGGAACAGAACGCAGCAGAAAAGCAACAGCACAGCAGCAGCAUCCGCUUAGCAGGGCAGCAAAUGCUUUGGCAGCAAAAGCAGUAAAGCUCGCAUACCGCUACUAAGUUACGUGCCUAUGAGUGGGCGAGUUUGUGUACAUGUCUGGACAUGUAUUUGACAGCCUUUCCCUUUUGGCCAUUGGUAUGCUUCGUGUGGCUCUGUUUCGGUCUUGGCGAUUUGACGAAAUUUGCUGUGAAGCGUAACGCGCCCCAUUAUGGAAUACAUCCGACAAACGCAUUGGGGCGUUGGGACUGGAAUAAGCACAAACAGUUGCAUACAGAUGCCAGGAUUGGGCAUUUAGAAACGGGAAACGAGUCACGGGAAGACCAACUAUCCGAGGAGUUGAGCAAAUUUGGCGAUAAGCUCUUCCCUGUUUCCAAUUAUCCGCCUUAUCAAAAUACUAAUAACGAGGAUAGCCAAGAAGUCCAUCACAGUGGCGAAGGUAGAUUGCAUACGAUGGAAUCAUCUGCGCCAUCGAAGGCAAGAGUACCUGGUGGCUCCAAUCCCAAUGACACACCCAAAUUCCGUAAUAUCGGUGCCCAAAGAGGCCGGACAGAAAUCACUGGGAUUCGAGAGACUGAUCGAAUCAGUUCACGUGGCCGAGAUGGAUUCAUCGGUGGACCUAGUAAUAAACAGAAGCCAUUUAGAGUUAAUCUAGCUGUUCUGGUGCAGGAUGAUCCCAGUCAGCCGGGUGAGACCUACUCCAACUGUCAAAACUCGAAUGAAUCCGAUGAGAAUUGCCAAACCGAAGAGGAUACGAUGCCCAAUUUGCAGAGAGAUUGCGAAAAAACUGGGAUACAUGUAAUGUGUCCACGAACCUUUCGUUGUAUUAGCAAAUAUUGGCUAUGCGAUGGCGAUGACGAUUGCGGUGAUUAUUCCGACGAAACGCAUUGCGGUGCCCGGACAAAUUGUACGGAUGAUCAGUUCGAGUGUAUGAACGGAUUCUGUAUUCCACGGACAUGGGUCUGUGAUGGAGAAAACGAUUGCAAGGAUUUCUCGGACGAAACACAUUGCAAUCGUACCACCUGCACGGAUGAGCAUUUCACCUGUAACGAUGGCUAUUGCAUUUCCCUGGCAUUUCGUUGCGAUGGCGAGCACGAUUGCAACGAUAACUCGGAUGAACUCAAGUGUGCGGCGGUGAUUAACAGCUGCCCGGAGGGCGAGUUCAAGUGCCGCGGUGGUUUGGGUGGUGCUGGUGGUCCCAGUGGACAGUGUAUCCUCAAUCGUUUCCGCUGCGAUGGCGACAACGAUUGUGGGGACUGGAGUGAUGAGGAGAAUUGUCCACAGAAACCAUCGCUAUGUACCUCAAAUGAAUACAAGUGCGCCGAUGGAACCUGUAUCCCGAAACGCUGGAAGUGUGACAAGGAACAGGAUUGUGACGGCGGCGAAGAUGAGAACGAUUGUGGAAGCUUGGGGUCUGAGCAUCCGUUGACUUGCGGGUCGGAUGAGUUCACCUGCAACAAUGGACGCUGCAUUUUGAAAACGUGGCUUUGCGAUGGCUAUCCCGACUGCACUUCGGGAGAGGAUGAAGUUGAAUGCCACCUACAAUGCGACCUCGGACAAUUCUUAUGCCCAACCAAACAAAACCUAACUAAUCUCAA